AUGUCAGUUUCUAAUGAUAGCACAGCUGAGGUUUUGCUAAUACAUCAGCAAAUGUUCCAAUUUACACUGACUGUGGGAUCAAUAUCAAAAGUUAUUUGUGCAAUUUUAAUGUCUGUGUUCUUUACAUAUUUGAAUGCUAUCAUGGUCUACACUCUUUGCACCAAGCCUGUUUUUAAAGAGAGUCCACGCUACAUUCUGUUUAAGCACAUGCUUCUCAAUGACUCGAUUCAGCUCAUUGUUACCUCUUUGUUGUAUUUUUUAGGUGUAGCCUAUCUCAAACUAGUCGUGGCUGCUUGUGCUUUUUUAGUUUUAGUUUCAAGUACAACUUUCCGUAACGCACCUUUAAACCUGGCUCUGAUGUCAGUAGAGCGUUAUGUGGCUAUAAGCUUUCCUCUAAGACAUGCUGAAAUAGCCACUCAGAAAAGAACUUAUAUUGCCAUUGGAAUAAUUUGGUGUAUGGGUUUGCUGCACUUUCUAAUUGACUUGCUUUAUGUAUUAAUUACAGAUCCUAAUUUUUUUUUUGUAUCAGAAAUAUUUUGCACAAGAGAAAGGCUUUUCAUAAAGCAAUGGCAAUUAGAUGUUUAUCAGGGCUUCAACAUAUUUUACUUUGUGUCAGUGUCUGUGAUUAUCCUUUUCACAUAUAUUAGAAUUUUGAUUACAGCCAGGUCUAUUUCCUCCAAUAAAGACUCUGCUGUGAAAGCCCACAAGACCGUGCUGCUGCACAUCAUUCAGCUGGGCCUGUGCCUUACUUCCUUUCUCUACAGCUUUAUAGAGCGAGCUGCAGCAAUGGCCAGCACCAGCAGCAGCCUCUUCGUUGACAUACGUUAUUUAAACUAUUUGUUUGUGCUGAUCUUGCCACGAUGCUUAAGCCCACUCAUCUAUGGACUUAGAGAUGAUGCUGUAAGGCCCUUAUUCAUCUACUACUUUCGGUGUGCCACAGGCAAACGCAAGUCUACUGUCAAUGUACACUGA